AUGGAAAGAGUGAUGAAGUUGGGAGGAGAAAGUCCAGUGGUGAUUUUCACUAAGAGUAAUUGUUGCAUAUCUCACAGCAUUGAAACCCUAAUUCGUAGUUUUGGUGCAAAUCCUACGAUUUACGAGCUUGAUGAACUUCCAAAUGGGAUGGAAAUGGAGAAAGCAUUGGUUGAAUUAGGGUGUAAGCCUAGUGUGCCAGCAGUGUUCAUUGGGAAAGAAUUAGUUGGUGGUUCAAAUGAGAUAAUGAGCCUUAAUUUGAGGGGCAAUAAGCUCAAGCAAUUGCUUAUAAGGGCUAAAGCCAUUUGGGUAUAA